AUAGUUUGAAUAAAUGUUAUGACCCUUUUGCCAACAGUAUCCAAUCCUACCCAGUCACCAUUCACUGAUGCCUGCAUGUACGCCACCAUGGAUCCAGGUCCAGAGGUGCCCCCAGUGUACAGGUUUACAACCUGCGGUGCAAAAGGUCCCUAUGGACCAACCCAAGCCCAGUGUGACACAGAAUACAAGUACAAAACUGUGGAGGUUAUGGUACCAGGGGAGGGACCUCUCCAGGGCAUCCAGAUAUGGACCAUACCAGAAACAGAGGUGUACAGCAUUUCUGCCUAUGGGGCUGGUGGAGGCGUAGGGGCUAAGAACACAGAACAGUCUCAGGGGGCAUACAUCAAGGAGAAGUUCAACCUCACUGCAGGCCAGAAGCUGUACAUCCUGGUGGGACAGGAGGGGGAGAGUGCCUGCUCCAAGAUGGGAAAAUUUGUCAAUGGCACUCGUUUGAUUGCUCCCUACUGCGAGGGAAAAGUUCCAGAUGAUAUAGAUGAAAAGAGAUUUUCUCAAGUUGCUGGAGGUGGAGGGGGUGGAGGAGGCGCAUCUUAUGUCUUUAAGGUGAAUGCAGCGACUGGUGAAUACAUUCCGCUGAUUGUAGCAGGAGGAGGAGGUGGGAAGGCCUACCGCCAGUCUGCUGAACACGACCCCUUCCCAUUCACAUGGGAUUGCGAAUGCAACACAUCAUGGAAAAGGCACAAAUGGUCUGACUGGAUUUGUGGAGGAGGGGGUUGGAAUGACACCACAAAACAGCUGCAGGGGGGCAGAUCCCUUGUGGAGGGGGGGCGUGGUGGAAUGGCCUGCCCAGAAGCCAUCAAGUCCCUGGGAUGGAGCACGUCCGGAGGAUUUGGUGGUGGUGGUGGUGCGUGCACAGCUGGCGGUGGUGGCGGUGGAUACACAGGUGGGGAUGCACACAAGACAAACAAUCUUCAGGGUGACGGCUAUGGAGGGUACUCCUACAUGAGUCAAGAUGUCAAGCUUAAUCUACCAGGGGUUCAACGUGGUGAUGGAGAGGUCCUGAUUGAGGUCAGCAUGCACUGUGAUGAGUGCGAGUACGAAUGCUAUGACCUUGAUCCUAAGAACAAGAAGUACAAAUGUGCCUGUCCGCCGUACACAGAGCUGGGCGAGGAUGGCAGAUCAUGUCUCCGCUUUUUAUGUGAAGACCCUGGCACUCCAAGAAAUGGCCAACGGGUCCCUGCAGGGGACCUCCUCUCUGCUGAAUGGUACAACCCUGGAGUAUUCUUGCACAUUUCAAUCUUGGCAGCUGUCAUCUCGUCUAUUGUACUGUUUGUCCUGAUCCUGGCAAUCCUGGCAGUGGUGUUUGUGUACCGCCGUAAGCAGAAGCAGCUGAAGGAGGCUCGUCAGGAGAUUCAGAGCCCAGAAUAUCAGCUGAGUAAGCUGAGAAACCACACCAUCAUCACCGACUAUAACCCCAACUACACCUUUGGAGGCAGCCAGGUCACACUAAACGACCUUCAUGAGAUCCCUCGGGACAAGCUAUCCCUUAUCAGACCUCUUGGCCAGGGUGCCUUUGGCGAGGUGUAUGAGGGGAUGUUGAAGAGCAUGCCUGGGGAGAAGCCACACCUUGCUGUGGCUGUAAAGACACUUCCUGAGCUGUGCUCUGAACAGGACGAGAUGGACUUCCUGAUGGAGGCUCUCAUUAUCAGUAAGUUUGACCACCCCAACAUUGUGCGGUGCAUUGGGGUGUGCUUCAAGCAGUCACCAAGGUUCCUUAUCCUGGAACUCAUGAGUGGGGGCAACCUUAAGAACUUUGUCCGAGAAAACAGGCCCAAAACUGGACAUCCCUCCAAGCUGACUAUGAUGGAUCUUCUGGAGCUGGCCAAGGAUGUGGCACGCGGCUGUCACUACCUGGAGGAAAACCAUUUCAUCCACAGAGAUAUUGCCUGUAGGAACAUUCUUCUGACCACAAAAACUGGAGCAGACCGUAUGGCAAAGAUUGGAGACUUUGGAAUGGCCAGAGACAUCUACAGGUCCAACUACUACAGGAAAGGUGGAAGAGCCAUGUUGCCGGUGAAGUGGAUGCCUCCAGAGGCCUUCCUUGAUGGAGUCUUCACCACCAAAACUGAUGUGUGGUCCUUUGGAGUUUUGCUAUGGGAAGUGAUGUCCCUGGGAUACAUGCCAUAUCCAGGCAAGAGCAACCAGGAGGUCAUGCAGUUUGUGACUGAGGGAGGCAGAAUGGACCCGCCUCGCAGCUGCCCUGGACCGGUGUACAGAAUCAUGACCCAGUGCUGGCAGCAGAACCCGGAGGACCGACCCUGCUUCUCCACCGUCCUGGAGCGACUGGGUUACUGCACACAGGAUCCAGAUGUCAUCAACACCAGCCUGCCUGUGUGUGACCUUGUUCCUGAGGAGGAGAACCACACCAUUGUCCGCCCUGACAACCACCAGAACAUGACUCCCCUGCAGGUGCACCGCCCCCUGACAGAUCCAGCCCAAACUGCACAAGCCCAGGCUGCAUCCGCCCCACCACAGGGAGCUGGCAGUGCUGCCGCCGCUGAUGCCCCCGUGGCUAACACCAAUCAGAACCAGAACAGCACCCCACAAGAAGCUCCCAUCGCAAGAGGCAGCCCCGCCCAGAGGAGCCAGAGUCCUACCCAGGUGGAACAGUUGGAGAGCAGCCCUGGCGGCACCCACGGGCGGUCCUGGAGGGAGGGACUCCUGGUCAGGUCGGGAAGCCAGAGCACCUCCAACUCACCGGUCAGCACUCUGGAGAGGAAAGAGAAGUCCAAGAAGGAGAAGAAGAAGGACAAGGGAAAGGACCAGGGAAGUGUGAAGAAAGGCAGCAAAAAGGCUAAGCCGACAAACCUGUGGAACCCAACAUACAACAGCUGUGAUGUGGGUGUUGAGACAGUGUCAGGCCGGGUGGGAGAGCCCAACCGCAGUGUGCUGGAGACCAGUGCCUCAGCAGAUGACUCCGGGUUUGGCACGGAUGCAGACUUGGUGAGCAACCUCGCCCGCCAGCGGUCACUCAGUUCAAUGUCUGAGGAGAGUAACAACAGAGAUUCGGGCCUCAGCCUGGACAAUGUGACUGUUUCUCCACAGUCUUGUUAACAUGCUUGCCUAGCCAGGGCAUUCAUGUAACAUUACAAGCACUCAAGAACAGGUAGAUGGAUAAUGUCAACUUGGCAAAGAAGCUGCCAAGUUUAUGAGCUGUUGUGUCUGUACUUAUUGGUAAAACUCAGCCAACUCUUGAAUUUAAAAGUGUUGUUAUCUGUACAUGUAAGAUGUACAUGACAUGACAUUGAACAUUAUGUUUGGUCAGAAUUACAUUCUGUUCAACUUUGAUAAUGCUUUUCUUUUGUUAUCUGGAAUGUUGCUGAUUUAAUGAUUAGUCCUGUUUUUGUUUAGUAGUACAUGUUGUAUUUACAUAGUGUUAAGUGUUGUUAUGUAUAAAUGAAAUGCUGUGUACUGUUAUUGUUGCUGCAGGUAGUAGUGAGUAUAGGUAGAAAUUACAGUAAUUUUGCAACAUGCAUUGCAUCAGUUCACAUCCAGCAAGAAGGAAGGUAACAGUCAGAGUGAACCUCAGUCAGAAUGCAUUCCAUUGUGUGUUGAUGUCAGUGGCAUUACCAGUCUUCACAAUGGGUAGCAAUCCUGGCAGCCUGUAUCCUCAUGCUAUGGGCACAGUGCUUGUUGGUAUUCUGCUAUGAGUAGGAUCAAGGAGGUUGAAACCUCCAUGGUAGGAUGUAGGAAUGAUGCUGCAUCUGUUUGCACUGUUUGUACACCCUGUUGGACAGCCUGUUCUUGAUUAGUAUUUAUGAUGAAGUGCUAAUGAGCAACAAGGACAUUUAAUGGAAUGAGAGCCUCUAGGAGGCAGUACGAAUUGUACAGUGGACUAGCUCACAAGUUGGCUGCUUACACUCAAAUCAGCAGGGCCUGAGAACUGCAGCACAUAUUUUAGAUGACAAUCUGACCAGGUUGCAAGUUAGAGUAACCUGUUACCAGAAAAAAAACUGAAAGUUUAAUGGCAUAUGUUCUUUACACUAGUCUUGAUGUACAUGUAUAUAAAGGACAAGAAUACUGUUUUAUGUAUUUAUCUAGUAGGUAAUUUGUCAAUUGUUGUCUAUAAAUUAUAUAUAGUAGAAUAAGAUUUUAAACUGUGAUGUAUGAAAUUGGUCGAAAUAGGCUGUUGUAAGAUUUUGUGAUCUUAAACAUUAUAAGUGGACACCAGUACUGAAGUGGUAACCAGGUAUAGUUAAGAAAAAGAUUAAUUCUAACAUUGGAGAUGAAUAUGAUUGUGUGUUAAUUGAUUGGGAAACUUUAGAUUUAAGCGCUUAUUCUUAAUGUGCAGUCUGCUUGGUAUUUGUAGUGUCCAACUGUUACAAGAUACACGUAAUGUAACACCAGGCACAUGUAUGAGGAAUUGUGUCAGGAAGUUGUAAUGACUGUGAUAUUGCCAAUGUUUAGUGCUGAGUGAUUGUUUUCUAGGUAUGGAACUCAAGGAAACAGAACAGUGGAUCAGGAGCUUUAGAAAAAGCCAUGAUAAAUAAAAUGACCAUGCACAGUUCUAUCUGUGCUGAUGCACACUUGAUAUUCUUGGCCAUGGCAUGACAACAUAUGAGAACUUUAUAUGAAGGAUUUUAUCUAUUGUGAUGACACAUGAACUUCAGAGGUAGUGAUCAAGGUAGAAAAUCGGUCAAUCUUGUGUAGAAUGACAUACAAGAAGUGAGUUUCUCACUAGAUAUUAGUGUAAUAGAUGUAGACUGUGUGUUAGGUAAAGGCACUGUAUCCUGUACAUAAGAUAUUUUUCUGAAUUUGUACUUAGCCAGUGAGCUUGAGCCAUAGCAUUGUGCUGUCACAAUAUUCAAUGUGGAAACUGCAAAGAGUAAUUUUUCAUUGCCAGAGGGACAGCGUUGAGUACCCUUUGUGAUGCACAAGGUAGAAAGUGUUGUUCUUCAGUUGGUAAGAUUGUUUCACAACAACAGUGACUUGACAGUGAAGUUUGUAUAAUUUUAGUGACUUAUUUGACAUUAGAUAAAGUACAGAAGUGUGGAAGUGGAAUCUGACAAAGUCUGGCUGACUUAUAUGUAUACAUAUUAGGACAUUCAAGUUUGAUUGAUUGAUUGAUAAAUAAUGGCCAUAAGCGAAAGAAGAACUUAGAAAUCAACAGGAGAGGUUACUGGUGGUGGCAGCAUUGCUGGUGGUGGUGACACAUUAUAUUUUUGAUGCAGAUUGUAUAUGAGACAGGGACUAUAUGUACAAAUCUAUGAUAAGAGAUUAUAAUAAUGUUAAUGUUGACUGUACUGUACUGUGAUGUUGGCACAAUUUCCAUCCUGUGAGUAAGAGUACACCAGAUGAGACAAGUAUGUAGUGUAGUUAGUAAGGAGACUGGUCACAUGCAUUGUGUGAUUGUUGUAGGAUAUUGCAAACUUUUAGAGCACUCUUGGAAUAGUCCUGCAAAAUUCAGCUGUCUUGUUACAGAAGAAGCUGCCUUAGAUACUUCAGGGCAGUUGGUCCUAGAUCUGUCAAAGCCUUCUUAUAAACACUGUGACAUCAAAAUCAUACAAUGACCUACAAUGAAUGCGACCGUGCCAUGACUCAUUGUUGCUAUGUACAUGUAACUUCCUAUGAAUGUGAUGAUGACAGAGAUUUGAUGUUGUCAGCUUCUUGUAAACAGGUUCAUACUAAAGCAACGAUGUGCAAUAAGAAAGUCAUUAUUCUGCACUAUAAUAUUACCCCACAACACAUGUACAUCGUGUACAAACAUGAUGACACGACCAUGUACAAUUGUUGUGUUAGCUAGUUAUAUUGUAAUGAGGAUGCUGCUUUAGCAGAACAAAACAAAACAAAAUCCUGCAACUAUUUUUUUUUAUUUAGCCGUAAACCAUUUAGAUGCUCAUUUGACAUCCAUCCAUGGCUAAUUGGUUUGACAAUAACAUGCCAUGUAUUUUGGUGUAGAUUAUGGCAUCACACCAACUUUGGACCAAAAGUCCUUCAAUGGUCAGAGUUUCAGUUGCAGGUGAUAUUUUAGGUGAAGUCAGUAGAGGGAAGGAGAGGGAUGGCAUGUGUAUGAACUGUGUUUUCAGUGUUUUUGGUGGUUCAUAUUAAAAGACUUGUCCUGUU